CAUCUUUGGCGUGGGCAUCAAUCCCAUAUCUGGGCCUACGAGACACCUCGUACAAUGGGUAUCGAGGAGCAGAAAGAGGAGAGGGAGAUCCUCGAGUCCAUCUAUCCCGAUGAGAUCACAGAUGUUUCCGAGACGGAAUUCCGGAUAUCGAUACAGCUCGAUGUGAACGUUGAAGACGUCGAGGAAGAGCCGCCAAUCAUAAUACUCAAUGUCCAAUAUCCUCCCAGCUACCCAGAUGAAGCGCCCCGGCUCGACAUCAUGGCGCCUCCGAAUGCGCCCAAAUACCCCUACCUCGACAUUCAAGAAGAUAAGGCGCGUCUUCUCUCCUCGCUCGAUGACACCAUCGCCGAAAAUCUGGGAAUGGCCAUGAUAUUUACGCUUGUAUCCACCCUGAAAGACGGCGCCGAGCUGCUCAUCGUCGAGCGCGCAAACGCAAAGCAAGCCUUGAAGGAGAUGGAAGCGCAAAAGGAGGAAGAGGAGGAGAAUCGCAAGUUCCAGGGCGAAGCCGUCACACGCGAGAGUUUCUUGGCAUGGAGAGAAAGGUUUCGGAAGGAGAUGGCGGAGGAGGAGCAGAGAAGACAGGAAGAGAAGGAGGCAGAUGACAAGAAGAAGAAAGUGAAGGAGGAGAAGAGGCUAACAGGAAAGGAGCUGUGGCAGCAAGGAUUGGUGGGCAAGGUCGAUGAAGACGAAGAGGGACGGGACGGCUUGGAGGGUAUGGAGAAGCUGAAAAUCGAGGCAGCUUCAUAG